AUGUUGGAAUCAGGACACAUACAUGUGCACGAAGUCGAGAAACACCAAUCAAUAUGCUUCCUAUUGGAAACUGAGAUGUAUUCAUCAACAGGAGAUCCAAGGAGGUACAGCUAUGCGUGUGAUGGUACGCAGAUAUACUCGGUCGGGGGCUGGGGUUUGAUGACUCCCACUUCGCCUCCUGUCGAUAGAGGAUAUUUCGCGGGGGCAUUCGUACCGUCGAGUCCGAUGCCAAAUUAUGGUUUCCAGUCUCCGAACAGCUAUGGAAGUCUUAUCAGUCCUCCGACACAACCGAUGUUCCGUCAAAAUAUCUUUGAAGACUACAACCCCCGAUACAUAGAAGAUUUGAGAACAGAGAGAACAUAUCUUCUCAACACUCUUCGGAUUGAGAAUGAGAGGGCAAGAGAAUUACUUAACCGCGUCCCACUGCUCGAAUGUGGUGUGGUGGAUAAUCAAGUCCCGCAGAUGCGACGGAAGAUGAGGAAACAACUGGGUUGGAUACGACAUCGGCUUAAUGAGACAAAUCAACAGGAACAGGCGAUUAUGGCUAGGUUGGGGCAGUUGAUGGAGCAGAUUCGCCUGGCGGAAAACCGGAGAAUACAGAUGGAGAUGGAGAGCUUUAAUUUCCAGUGCAUGCACGAUACUGCUGUUAACAAUAUGCAAUCGUUGCAUCUUGAUCCUAGGACACCGCAUUUCCAUCCUGAAGGGGGGUAUCCAUUCCCAGUUAUUACUGAAGUUGUUGAGAAUGACAGCUACAACGAUGGAGCAGGGCCGAGUGACGAGCCGCCUCCACAAAAGGAUGAUGGUCAUAACAAUUCCAUUGACGAAACUUCCAGCGCGUUGACAAAGGAAGAGAAAGAAUUGAUAGUUCAUGGUACAGUUGGAGGAUCCGAACAUGUCAUAAACAAGAGACCCGACCUGUCACAAAGAUCAUCCUCAAUUUCCAUCGAAGAGCGGCUCUUCGAUGACGGAUUCGGUGGAGAGCAAAUACAAGAGCAGAGAAGACAUAGUCUGCCAACACUACCGGGAGUCUCGCAGAUAUGGGCGCCUCUGGAAAGCGAGAGAAGGGAUAUGAUGGAGGAGUGA